AAUAAAACUGAGACUCAGAAUGAUUGAGGAAAAUUGCCCAGUGUCACACAGUAAGGGUUGGAGCUAGGACUUGAACCUUGGUCUUUCAAUCUCUAAGAUCACUAACCUUUCCACUAUGCCACAUAUUCUGGUCACCAGAAAGUCAUAUGCCUCAUUGCAAAUGAAUAAAUUGACCUUUUAGUUUUAUCAAUCAAUCAUUUGUGUCAUAAUGAAUCAAAGACUAAGGGUCUCAAGUGUAUUCCAUUCCUUCAGUAACAGAAUGCUUAUAGAGAGGCAUAUCAUCAGAAAGUUGUCCACCAGGUGAUGAAUGUUUUCAGCUACAGAAACUCACAGUGAAAAUCUCCUGUGGAAUGGAAGGGGCAUGUAGUGUGCUUGAAUGGAGCAAGUACUGACAAAAUCAAAUUCUUGAAAUAUUGAAUUGAAGUAAGGAAAAACCCUACUCUUAGGCAAAGUAAUUCUAAAAAUACUCCCUAACGAAUAUUGUUUUAUUCCUGCUUACUAUCUCUCUGCCUAAGAGAAGACAUAAAUUUUCCCCUCAAAAUUCCCAUCCUUAUAUUAUGGUUUUUUUUCUCUAGUUCCUCCUCACCUCCAAACCAGUGAUUUGAUGUUGCAAUCUAUUGCCAUCUUUCUCUAACUCCUCUUCAUCUCAAGCUUUGCUAUAUGCCUUGGUCAUUCUCCAGGUGACACUACUCCAGGGGAUGGAGAGAACUAACAGCACUCAACUGACAGAGUUCAUCCUGACAGGGAUCCCUUACCAACCCAAGCUAAGGACAUUCCUCUUUUUAUUCUUCCUUGUCAUCUACAUUCUGACACAAAUGGGCAAUCUACUUAUCUUCCUCACAGUCUGUAUCGACCCCCAACUUCAUGCCCGCCCUAUGUAUAUCUUCCUUGGUGUCCUGUCCAUCAUUGACAUGGGAAUCUCCUCCAUCAUUGUUCCACGGCUCAUAUUGAACUUCACUGCUAAGAUUAAGCCUAUCCCAUUUGGUGGGCGUGUAGCUCAGCUCUAUUUCUACCACUUCUUGGGCAGCACCCAAUGCUAUCUUUACACUCUGAUAGCCUAUGAUAGAUACUUGGCUAUAUGUCGACCCCUGCACUACCCUGUACUAAUGACCUUGAAGAUAUGUUCCUUGAUGGUAACUGGAGCAUGGGUAGCUGGCUCUAUCCAUGGUGCUAUCCAGGCCACACUCAUUUUCCGCUUACCAUACUGUGGUCCCAACCAGGUAGAUUAUUUUUUCUGUGACAUCCCUGCAGUACUAAGGCUGGCCUGUGCUGACACAACCAUUAAUGAGCUGGUGACUUUUGUGGACAUUGGAGUGGUAGUUGCCAGUUGCUUCUCUCUAAUCCUGCUCUCCUACAUACAUAUAAUCCAAGCUAUCUUAAAUAUCCACACGGCUGAUGGGAGACGUCAUGCAUUCUCCACCUGUGGAGCCCAUGUGACUGUGGUUACAAUUUACUAUGUACCCUGUGCCUUUAUCUACCUGAGACUGGAAGCCAAUAGCCCCCUAGAUGGAGCAGCUGCUCUGUUCCUCACAGCUAUCACUCCUUUCCUUAAUCCCCUGAUCUAUACUCUGAGAAACCAGGAGGUAAAGUUAGCCCUGAAGUGA